AUGGUGCCUCGUACAUGGGCUCCGGCCGCGAUGGAUGCCCCGCUGCUGAACGAGUACAAGCACGAGUUCGUCUUCCGACGGCUCUUGGCCACGGCCCUGGGGGGGGCCCGGUUCAAGUGGGGAUUCCAGGUGCCGUAUCACGUGCACUUGAUUCAGGUGUUGCUCCUGGUGUGGCCGGCUCUGGUCUCCGUGCCGAUGUCCGUGAGUCUUCCGACCGCGAUGGCCUCUCUGGUCUCCGGCGGAACAACGUUCGCGGUGAUCCUGCUGGCGCACUGGUUCGUGUGGGUGUCCGGACGUCGGAAGCGAGUGGCGCCUUCGCCGCGCGACGUUCUGCCUCCUUCCCGGGAGGGGGAGGUCGCCUUCCCGGGGAUCUGCUCCAGGAAGACCUGGGAGGUGUUGGUGCCGAGGAGGUUCUUCCCGGUGCACAUCCUCCAUUGCCUCGCCGGUGGACUCGUCUGCGGCCUGGCGACCAAGCUCCUGGAUCCCAGAGUUCUCAAACUCAAUUUCAAUACGCCGUUGGAGGCGUAUUUCAUCUUGGUCUUCGGGUGGCUCACGGUCUGCAUCACCGUCCAUCCGUUACUGGGGAUGCCGCCGUCGGAAUUGGCCACCUUCCGACCCCUCGAUAGAUGGGACAUCAACCAAAUGUCACGAGCCGUCCAUGCCUCUCUCCCCCUUCUCGCCGAACUAGCCCUCGAAACGAUCGCCGAAGAUUCAAGUCACCUCUCGAGUCUGAACACGAGCCUCUCCCGACGCCUCCUCAUGGACGCAUUCAUCAGCCUCCCCUUCCUCUGGAUGAUGGGCGUCCUCUCCCCCCUCGAAGCCGGCCUCUUCUGGGCCGCCGAGCAGACCCUGGUCUUCGCCCUCGGCGGCCCCACGCCUCGCUCCAACCUCAGGACCCUCCUCCAACUCCUCCUCGGCGCCGCCUCCCUCGUCCCCGUCCUCCUCCUCGCGUCCUCAUUUCAUCGAGUCAUUUUCGCGGCAGCCUCCGGAUAUCUCCUCAGCACUGACCUCGAGGGUGCAUGGACCUCGAUGAAGAAAAACGGAAUAUGCCGCGGCUGGACGGAGAAGCCGACGCUCUGGUCCCUGCUCCUCAGCGCUCCUCCGGUCCACGGCCUCUGGCUGGCCGCGUGCCUCCUCGCGGCGUGGCUCGCGAGCCGGCUCGGGCCCGCGGCCGCGUCGGCGCCCCUGACGGAGCUCGCGGCCGGGGCGCUGGCGGCCUUCGUCGCGUCCGCGGCGCUGCACGAGAUCGCGAAAGUCUUCAGCCUCGCGGGGAUUUUCCGCAACAACUUCUACAACUUGAUGAAAAUCCGGAAACCCGGCGGCUGCUUCUCCAUCGCUUCCGUCCAGCUCCUCCUCACCAGAUCCUUGAGCUUGCUUGCCGUGUUUGCUUGUGCUGGCGUCUACCAGACACAAAUCUCAGCUUCACCAGGGCAGACGAGAAACUUGUCCUGGUACCUGGAAACGAUCGGCCUCUGCCGAACACUCCGAUGGGUGUGGCAGAACCCCCGAGCCUUCCAGCUGGAAUUCCUCCUCCACUGCGCCAUCUUCUACCGGCAGCCUGAGAUGUUCUUCUCCAAGCUCGUCGCCGUGUCGCUGCUGAGGGACAGGGCGGGGCAGGCGCUCAACAAGCUAUACGUCUGGUUCAUCCUCAUGAGGACCAUCUCAAGUUCUAAGAAGAGGAAGUCUUAUGGCAGCUGUGUUCUUCUGAUCAACCUGACGAUGUUCCCGGUGAUCCUGAUGGUGCUGGGUGCGUCGUGCCUCCUCUCGGCCCCGUUCCUCCCCCUGUUCACGCUGCCGAUCUUCUUGAUGGGAUUCCCCCGUCCGUCUCGGAUCUGGCCGGAUUCCUUCGCCUCUGGUCCGGUGCGGAAUUCCUCGGACAGCGUCUUCUACGAGCAGGCCGUUCCCAGCGUUGCGCCCGGUCUCACCAGGGCCUUCUUCGCUGGCUCUCUCGGCUACAUCAUGUCCAACGAAUUCUUCCUCCUGCGCUUCGAGGACCGCCUCAUCUGGGUCGUCUUAUCCGAAAUGGGGAACGGAUACGUUCGAUGGGUGUUCAAGGGCCUGGAACUGCAGGAGACGUCGUGCCACGCCGUCGAGGCGACGAGGGUCGACUCCAUCUUUCAGAACGCCUUCGACGCAGAGGACUGCAUCAACGGAUACGCCUGUCACACCUUGACGCCGCUGUGCGAGAUCCCGGUCAAGGCCUAUUCCGACGUGAGAAACGUGUUGACCGGGGUCAUCGACUCGCCCGAGGUCCUCAGGGCGAUCAGGGAGUCCUUCAUCAAGACCAUCGUCUGGGUCCUCAUGCGGCACUGCCUCGACACGCGGUGGGAGGACUGGAGGAGAACGGUGUUCGAGCCGAUUGGUUCGGUGGAUUCCCCUGCUAAGGAUUCGAGCGGGACUGGGAAGAGUCUGGCGGAAGGGGACGGGCGCUCGAGGCAGUAUCAGAUGGAAGAGGAGCCCGAAAAGCCGGUGCACUUAGCCCCAGAUGUGGAGAACGAGGUGGUGGUCCUCAAGACCAUGGAGUCCAAAGACGAAGGUCGUUGGGCCCACCGCCUCCACCCCCAAGGCCCCCACGACGACUCGAGGGAAUCGAGAACCCUUCCACCUUUGAGGGUUAAGGACGACCAGACCUGGAUCGACGAGCUGUUGGCCGAAGACGAACAAAGGUCGAAGCAAGCGAUGGCAAAGGAACACAAGGAAAGACUCCCUCCCAUACAAGCGCCCUCGCCGAACGAAGGAGAGGACAAGGGCAAACGAAGCAUCUUCGCCUUGCCUUCAGACUGGCACAAGAUCCCAGUGGAGGAACGAGCCAUAACGUCACACAACGCUCUGUUCCCCUCCGACUGGUUCCAUUCUGUUCACCGUCGAAUGUGGCAGAGUCUGCGAGAAAGAUGGAAGCAAAGAAGGAAGGAAUCCGGGGAGGAAGAUCCCGCCUCGGAGGAGGACGAAUACGAGGACGUGGAGUCCGGGUAUCGACACCUGGCCCUGGCUUGUGACGUCUUGGUCCACGGUGACAAUCACGACCCGCCCAGUUCGGUGCAGGUUCUCAAGUUUUUCUCAGGGAAUUUCGGGGACCUCUGGAAUGCUCAGUGGCUCCUGGAUCGACCUGAGCUCAGGAAUAUCAUCAUCAAGGCUUACAGGCGAGUGCCCAUCUCUGAUAGGUACUCAGUGAAGUUGUCGUUCGACACGGCCCUCCUUGGUGGCACCUGUGAUUCGGUGGAAGAAUCCUUACAAGAAUACGACCAGCAGUGGUUCCUGGGAACGGAGACAGACGGGGAAUGGCAGAGGGCAGUGCUCACGGAAGUGCCGAAUCUCUUCUCCAUCGGAUACGAUCCGGUCAAGAAAAACUUCACGAGUCACCUGCUGCUCCUCCGAUCCCUCAACUGCUGGGUGGGACGACUGAACCCAGAGCUGGUCAAAGGACUAUGGGCGAAUCAAGGCCUGGAACUUCUGUAUCUGACGAACGAGGACGAAGAACGCUACUCCAUCCAGGCUCAGCCGCUGAUCCUCCGGAACCUGACGGUUCAAGCGGCGGAUCCGCCUCUCGGCUAUCCCGUCUUCAUCACUUCGUGCGUUGGGCAUUACCCCUCCUCUUGA